AAGAUUUAAAGGGAAUUGCACAUGACCAUCUUGCAGCAGAUGACAUGGAUGAAGGGAUCAUGAAGCAGGAUAAACAGGGCUUUCAGAAGUAUGUGGAAGAUUUUGACCCAUGUUCAAUGUUUACACCAGAGCAGAUUUUGGGAAAAGAUGUACGGCUAUUACGCAUUAAAAAGGAAGGAUCACUCGACCUUGCAGUUGAAGGAGGGAUUGAUUCUCCAAUUGGAAAGAUAGUCGUGUCUGCCAUCUAUGAGGGUGGUGCUGCAGACAAACAUGGAGGCAUAGUGAAAGGGGACGAAAUACUAGCUAUAAAUGGCAAGAUUUUAGUUGAUGACACGCUGGCAGAAGCACAGGCAACCCUAGCAAAAGCUUGGAACAUGGGAGGG